AUGAAUCUGUCGCUGGUUGAUCCCUUUGUCCUCGCGCAGGACUGUCCCGAUGUCAUUACCGGCCGCCUACGUAGCGGUCAUUCUACAUCCAUUCGCUUUAGCCAUCGCGGUGACCUGCUUGCAUCCGGACGACACGAUGGCAUAGUAGUCAUAUUCGACAUCGAGACAAAUGGCGUCGCGCGCAAGCUUCGAGGUCACACACGCCAAGUGCAGUCACUGAGCUGGUCAACGAAUGACCGCUACCUUCUCAGCGCUGGCCAGGACUGGAAGUGCGUGCUAUGGGAUUUGAAGGAUGGCUCGCGGGUGCGCACUGUCCGCUUCGAGUCGGCCAUAUUCAUUGCAGAACUGCACCCCAAGAACCACAUGCUCUUUGUGGCUGCGCUUUUCGAAGACCAGCCCGUUAUUGUAGACAUGUCUGAGGAAACUCCAGUCAAACAUUCGCUAUCGUCUGCGCCCCACCGAACCGACAUUGAGCGCGAGAAUGCUACAGAAAAACAAACUGCACAGGAUGCUAAACAGACCACAACAAUGACCCUCUUCACACCCACUGGCGAGCAUAUCAUAGCAGGCACAAACAAAGGGUGGCUCAAUAUUAUCGAUACUAAGACGCACCAAGUGCGCUAUUCGUUCCGAGCUACCAACAACAUUAUUGUAUACAUACGAUUGACGCCAUCAGGCAGGGAUGUGGUGGUCAAUUCGAGUGAUCGUAUUGUCCGGACUCUACAUCUGCCCGACCUCAGCGACCCCAAAUUGGACUUUGACACACUUCAGCUGGAAGUUGAGCACAAGUUUCAGGAUCUGGUACAAAGAUUAUCAUGGAACCAUGUUUCCUUCAGCCCGACGGGUGAAUACGUUACUGCGUCGACCUGGAUGAAUCACCACAUUUACGUUUGGGAACGCGGACAGGGCAGUUUGGUUAAGAUUCUUGAAGGCACCAAGGAGGAGUUGUCUGUUGUUGAGUGGCAUCCGUUUCGGCCCUUUGUGGCUGCUGUCGGGGUAGACUCUGGCCGGGUGUGGCUUUGGUCCAUUUUGCAGCCCCAGCGCUGGUCUGCACUCGCACCGGACUUUCUCGAAGUAGAAGAGAAUGUCGAAUAUAUUGAGCGCGAAGACGAGUUCGACAUCCAGCCACUCGAAGAGUUGCAUAAGCGGCGGCUCAAUCAAGAAGACGAAGAGGUGGAUGUCCUUACCGUGGAUCCCGUUAAGGCUGGGGGCAAUGAAUUCGGGCCCGGCGUUGGCGAGGCUGAAUUCAGCAUGCCGAUCCUGCUAGACAUUGAGGCUAGCGAUAGUGAAGACGAAGUGGUGGCAGUUGGAGCUGGUCAGUUCAGACGGCGCACGCCUGGCGCUGCGCGAGAGUGGAUGAAUGAAGACGAGGUGGCAGUCAGCGGCGAUGAAGUACGAAGGACUAACGGGAAUGCAGUGCAAAACGGAACAAAGCGACGACGCGCCGGUUGA